GCGUCUGUUUGGUGAGAUUUUUAUCUCUCAGUUUCUCUUCAGCUUCUCUCCACUUUGUAACACCAAAUCUCACAACGCAUAGAGAAAAUUUUUCAACCAUUUCACUCAAAUUUCGCUCGAUUCAUCCAAAUUUUCGUUUCUGAUCUCAACUCUAACGCUUCCGAAUCGAAAUCUCUGUUUUUUUCCUCUUUGGUUUUAUGUAUGAAUCUUCAGAUUUCUCGCAAAAUAUCGCAGAAACCUCAAUGCUAUACAUAUAGCUUUCAUGCUCAUUUGCGGUUCCUUGAUUUGUAGCUGUUGUCGAUGUUUUGAGCCUCGAAUUUGUGUUCUUUUCUAGAUUCUCGGAACAUGUUGUGCAUUUGUUGUUAUUAUUUAUUUUUGAAUCCGAAGCUCUGAAGGGCUAGGGUUUUGGAAUCCCUCGAAACGAAGCGUGUUUUUGGAGAUUUUCGGAAGCACGGUGAAAGGCGAAAACUGUCUCAACUUUAUGAAGUAUUAGAGAUUUAGAUGCAAACUUUUGAACUUAGUGAAUCAGACAACCUUAGCUGCAGCUGGGAGAUACCUGAGCUAAACAGAGAGAUGAGUUCAACUUGCAUUCAGAUGUAAUGAAGACCUUACAGGAUUCACAGAGUGCACAGGAAAUACAGUCCUCAACCCAAGUUUCACAUGAGUCCCAAAGUGACCACCAGAACAACACAGCAGAGGCUCCUGUGGCAGACUCAGGUUCAAUAUGCAUUUCAAGCAAUGAUAACAGGAAAGUUUCGCGUGAAGAUAUUGAACUUGUCCAGAAUUUGAUAGAACGGUGCCUACAGUUGUACAUGAACAGGGAUGAAGUGGUGAAGACCCUCUUGAGUCGUGCAAGGAUAGAUCCUGGAUUUACAACUUUGGUAUGGCAGAAGUUGGAAGAAGAAAAUGCUGAUUUUUUCAGGGCCUAUUACAUUAGAUUAAAAUUGAAGAAACAAAUCAUUUUGUUUAAUCAUUUGCUUGAGCAUCAGGCUCAUCUCACGAAUUAUCAUGUGUCUCCAAAAGUUCCUUUGGCGCCCAUACAGAAUGGAAUCCAUCCCAUGCCUGUUAACAACUUACCAAUGGGAUAUCCUGUACUUCAACAACCUCCUAUCCCGGCUCCUGGUCAACCUCAUAUUGAUUCCAUGGGUUGUGGAAUAUCCAGCUGUCAUGUUGUAAAUGGAGUCCCUGCACCAGGCAAUUUCCACCCUAUGCGGAUGAAUUCCGGGAACGAUAUGGUGAGGAACACCAGCACAGCAGAUGUAGCACCUGUUAUUCCACCUAGCAGUGCCAUGUCAUCCAUGUCAGAGAUGCCUGUUAGUCCUACUUCAGUUGCAUCAAGUGGCCAUUUCCCCUUCACUGCAUCAGAUAUAUCAGGAAUGGGAGUAGAGGCAUCAGCACUUGAGACAGCAUUUACAUCUGAUGUGGCCAGUUCAGUAGGAUUGCAGCUUCCUCCAGAUGGUGGGCCUGGGAAUUCUAGAGAUUCCCUCAGAGCUUUGGCUCCAAUUCCAUGGAAUUUCAGUCUUUCAGAUUUAACAGCAGAUUUAUCAAACUUAGGAGAUCUAGGAGCUUUGGGAAACUACCCCGGUUCUCCCUUUCUGGGUUCUGAUUCAGACAUUUUGCUUGAUUCUCCGGAGCAAGAGGAUAUAGUUGAGGAGUUCUUUGUCGAUUCUGUCCCAGGGCCGCCAAAUGCCCAAUCAGAUGAGGAGAAGUCCUAGAAUAAGGUUGCGGAAUCAUGCAUUUGACUUCCACAGAUGCUCUCCUCAUGGAACCUCAUAAAAUUGUAUUCUAAUGUGUUCAUCCCGAAGCGACUUACCACAAAAGAGUUGCUCUACUUCCAGAGUCCUGGUAUGCCCUGUGAGUGCCCUUCUAGGGGAAUCCUGGGUCACAGCUUAUGAAAAUUUUUGCAGCUCAACCAGUCCAAUCUUCACCAGAAAAGUAGAAAGCUGGUAUAGCUUUGGAGAUGAAGAUUGAUCCUCUUACAGUGUAUGGCGAUUCUCAACUGAUUGUUAAUCAGAUCUAUGCACUAUUUAUUAAGUAAGAAAGAGGUCUCUCGAGCCCAGUUUAUCUAGAUUUUCAAUAUAUGAUUUGGUGAUGACUGAUUUUGUCACGCUUUUGCUUUUCACA